CCUGAAUUUCCCAAAGGACUCUAAUGUCAAACGCAACGGGAAUGUCAAUGAACUGCAACGACGCCAACCAGAGCCUUGUGAGAUAUGAUGCUUGCAGUCAUAGAACGUAUUGCUCAGGGCUGGAGUCUGGACAUUCUUACUCGACUUGGAUGAGGUUGAUCUCAACUCACUUACAGCGAUUUCCACUUCAAGCACGUCUGUCUCGCGACUUUCAGGCAGCGCAAAUAAUUUUUACACCUGCGGCACCCGCAUCGUUCCAUUCCGGUCACAGCCGACAGUCAUUCACACCAUGUUGGCUCCUGAGGAAGCAGUCGAAGCUUUGACGUCUGUAAAGAAGGCGGUUUCAGAGAAGGAUAAGAGCGCUAUUGCACCUCUCCAAGAAGUAAAUCGCAGCCUGCUAAUCUACCGACCUGAGCCUAGAGCAAGAAUAAAAUCGAAUGCGGCGAUCGCUUCUGAUGUUGCGCCUCCUAAGGUAGUCCUGCUCUUUGGCUGGAUGGACGCCCCUGCCCGUCUUGUCAGCAAGUAUGCACAACCGUGGAUCGAACGUUUUCCACAAUCUACAGUCAUUGUCAAACUCUCGACUGCAGCGCUCUUCAUGGCCAGCAGAAAGGACAAGGAAGCCAUGACGAAGCGGCUUGCCGAUCUGAUCAAGGCAGAAGCCGAAGCGCAGGAUCAUGGGUCCUCGCUCCGGUCUGAGAUUGGCAGACUCGAGAAAGAGACUAUUGAAAAGUCACCCAAUUCGGAGAAGCAAGCUACGGAGACAACGGGUCCAGGUGAUUCAACCAUGACGCUAAUUGAAAGGGACGAAGCAGCCAGUAUAACCGGUUCGACAACUACCUUGGCAUCGCCAGCAGAAGCAUUGCCUAGUGGUUUGUUCAUCCAUUCCUUUAGCGAUGGCGGUAGCACAAAUUUCAGUCUCCUGCUCGAACACCUGAGCUCCUCCAAAACGCCCGUCCCUGCGCCAAGGCUGCACAUCAUAGACUCAUCACCGGGCAUCAGCACGGCCAAGAGUACAAGCACAGCGUUUGCUAUGGCAUUCCAGAAGAAGUCGGCUGCUGUGUACUGGAUGUACCGUACCGCUGUCUACCUUUUCAUGAAGGCCUUCUUGUUCGUCAAAUGGAUCACUGGCUCUCCAACGCGAUCCACCACUCUUCGCUGGCGACUCAAUGAGCCGAGCAAGUGGACGUGGCCCGGGCAAGUGGGAGUUCAAACGCAGAUGUCGAACGGCUUCGUCCCGCGCUUGUACCUCUUCUCCAAAGCGGAUCGGCUCAUAGCGCACGAAGCUGUAGAGCUGCACGCGAAAGACUGUGCGAAAAUCCGCAACCUGCCGGAGCCGGAAGUGGUGCAAAUGGACCCUGCGGAAGGCGGAGAUGCGUCAAAGCGUGUGGGCACGAUGGAACAUUCGCCACUUCAGCUGAGACGAUGGAAGAACGCACCGCAUUGCGGCAUGGGGCGACAUGACUUUGAGGGCUAUUGGGCAACCAUAGAUGCAUUCAUGCGAGCGCAUGCGAAUGAUCCUGCUAUGUAGAAUGAUACAGGUGUUCAGAGUGCAGCAAAUAUUUCAACAUCG